UGAAUUUUACUGCCCUCCCCUUUCUUCUCUCACAAACGCACCCUCAGCAGCCCUAGAUUCUCCUGAACCCUAUCAGAGCCACCAUCACCAUCACCAUCUCCCCUUUCUUUCAUUCUGCUCUUCUCCUCGCGUCGCCAGAAGCUAAGGUCGGUUCCGGGCUGUUGUUGGCGUCGCCGUUUCUCUGUCCGAGCUCUCUCUGUCGCUGCUUCUCUGCUCUUCACCGUUGGUCGUCGCCGUGGGUCGUCGCUGCUGCUUCCCUCCUUGCCGUGCGUCGUUUCUGCUUCUCCCCUCCUCGCCAUUUUUGGCUGUGGCCCCUUCUCUGCUCCCCGCCAGUCUUGUCGUCACUGCCGCUCUACUCCGCACCGUGUCUCACCGUCGUUGCUUCUCUGUUUCGCGUUACCGAAGUUUCCAAUUUGAAUUUCUUUGUCUCUCUGCUCUCUGGCUCUGCGCUGUCUUUUCCUCCCCUUCGGUGCCAAUCCAGAUAACCAAAGAACGCAGAGAAUCCUAGCUCAAAGCCACCCCGCACGCCACCGUUCCUUCACUCCAUUCUUAAACACACACCUUCCAUGGAGUUCAUUGCUUCUUCUUCCACCUACUGCCCUGCCGCAACUCCCACUCCAACUUCCUCACUCCCACCUCGUUCUUCUUCUUCUUCUACUGCUUCCUUCCCCUUUCGUCCUCCUUCUCUCAGAGGCUGCGCUUGCAGAGCCAUACUCAGCACCCACACCACCCAGAAGGAGAAGAACGGCAUGCUCGGAGCUCGUUCCUCUGAUUUGGAUCAACUUUCUGGUUUGACUGCAUUGUCCCCAUUGGAUGGCCGCUAUUGGGGGAAAGUUAAGGAAUUGGCUCCUUUUAUGAGUGAAUACGGCCUCAUCUACUACAGGGUUCUUGUUGAGAUAAAAUGGUUGUUGAAGCUGUCUCAGAUUCCUGAAAUUGUUGAGGUUCCGAGUUUCAGUGAAGAUGCCAGGUCUUAUUUACAAGGCGUGAUUGAUGGCUUUAGUGUGAGUGAUGCCUUGGAGAUAAAGAAUAUUGAGAAGGUGACUAAUCAUGAUGUUAAGGCAGUGGAGUACUUCUUGAAACAAAAAUGCCAAUCGAAUGCUGAAGUGGCUAAGGUGCUUGAAUUUUUUCACUUUGCUUGCACGUCCGAGGAUAUAAAUAACCUCGCCCACGGGUUGAUGCUGAAAGAAGCAAUGGGAUCUGUAAUGUUUCCUGUCAUGGAUAAAAUAAUUAAAUCCUUGUGUAACAUGGCUAAAGAUAAUGCUCAAGUCUCAAUGCUUUCUCGCACUCAUGGACAGCCAGCUUCACCAACAACUUUGGGAAAGGAAAUGGCUAUAUUUGCUGUGAGAUUAAGCAGAGAAAGGAAGGAAUUAUCUCAGGUUGAGUUUUUGGGGAAAUUUGCUGGUGCGGUUGGAAAUUACAAUGCACAUGUUGUUGCAUACCCUGAUGUUAACUGGCCUCAAAUUGCAGAAGAGUUUGUAAAAUCUCUUGGAUUAAGUUUUAAUCCUUAUGUUCCUCAGAUUGAAACUCAUGACUACAUGGCAAAACUAUUUCAUUCGCUCAUCCAGUUCAACAAUAUAUUAAUUGACUUUGAUAGAGACGUAUGGGGCUAUAUAUCCUUGGGUUAUUUUAAGCAGAUCACAAAGGCUGGGGAGAUUGGGUCGUCAACUAUGCCUCACAAAGUGAAUCCUAUUGAUUUUGAAAAUAGUGAAGGUAAUCUAGGUGUUGCUAAUGGAGGUCUGUCUCAUCUAAGCAUGAAAUUGCCGAUUUCACGUUGGCAGAGGGACUUGACUGAUUCAACUGUCUUACGGAACAUGGGUGUAGGAAUUGGUCAUUCCCUUCUUGCUUACAAAAGCACACUUCAAGGAAUAGGAAAGCUUCAGGUUAACGAAGCUCGCUUGAGUGAAGACUUGAAACAAUGCUGGGAGGUGCUAGCUGAACCAAUACAAACUGUAUGUAUAUGCUACCUAGAUUUUUACAUGAUUAUUUGGUUUUAUAUUUCUUUUGUUAAGAAGAACAAAUAUUGUCGAGAUGUAUUAUUUACUUGUCAUAGAAUAUAGAUGAUGUUAAAUUCUCAAGUUAACUCUUAAACUCUUACGAGUUUAGAUCACUCAGAGUUAACUUGCUUCUCGGAUGUGGAUAAACUCAGGUAAACACGGGUAGACUCCUUAAGUUUACUAUUUUAACCCACCUUCGGUCUCUUUUAAGUAUCAAAACAUGUAGUUUCACUAAAACUCCUUUAAUUAGACUUUUAAAAAUAAUGAUAUGAUAUUUAGACAUAAUAUAUGUUAAUUUUUAGCAUCAGACAUUAAUGGUUUUAUUCACCCUUU